GCUUGAAAUUGGCACCAUGUUAGUUUCUACACCAGGAUGUGUGGAAAACAUUUUCACUUGCUUUGUUUUUUAGCAAUGCCAAUAGCUGUAUUCGCUCAACAUACCGGUACAUCAGUUCGACCUCUGAAACAAGAUUGGAUGCCUAUUAAGUAGCAAUACUUCGAAUGCAAUUAUUUUAGGAAGGCCUUACGGGGCUUCGGGGAGGUGCCCCCGUAGUUCUCAGGCGUUAUGUUUCCGGCACUGGAAAAUGGGCUCAGCGCAUUUGAACAAAUGUUCAUGGGUGCGCCGGCGUCCCGCCUGGUUGGCGCUUGCGGCGGUGGACUUUGUGGAACAUCGAAAAGACAGGAAAGCAUGCUGCAACGUGCGCCUCCCGAGGACGCUGUUUCCUACUCCGACUCUCAACUUCCUUCAUUCAUGGCGCUCCAGGGCGCCAGGGAAUCCUCGCCCGGCCUCCCAACGCCUCCUCCAUUCUCGACCGAUUUCCUUCGCCCAUCUCCCCCUUCCUACCCGCACCCUGACCGGCUAAGUCCUAACCACGAUGUCGACGCCGAAGCCAGCGUCAUCAUCCUCCCACCCGCCACCCCACCCCCAGCCCCCCCCUCCGGCUCCCUCAACCUCUGGUCCUCCCUCCCGCUCGUCCAAUCCACCACCUCCCAAACCCCACCCCCCUCCACCGCGCCCCUCCUCCGCGCCUCCACCACCUCCCGCCUCCCCUCCUCCCCCGCCGCCCACCCCAAAGCUCCCCCCACUCCCCAACACGCCCGCUGGGACAGCGCCUGGCCCGCCCGCGCCGUCUCCACCUCCGUCUCCGGCCCCCCCGACUCCCCAGGACACGGCCUCCGCCCCAGCCACCGCCCCGCCGCCUCCUCCUCCUGCCGCGGGCGGGGCACGCUGCUCCACUCCCGCAGCCGCGUCUCCCUGGAGUCGGGCGGCCAGCAGGACCCGCAUCGCGGUAGGGCCAUGUCCGAACACUGGUUCGGGGGAGGCCCCGCUUCUACCUCCACCACCUCCCCCUCUGCUGUGCCCGGGGUGGCUGGGGCAGCAGCAGGGGCAGGCAGCCCGCAGCAGCAGCAGGGACAGCAGCAGCAGCUGUCGCUGCCGCUGCCCGGGCGCUCCUCCCACAGCGGGGUGCCGCCGCGGGCGCACACGCCCUCCUGCCUGGCACCUCGCAGCUCGCAUAGCGGGGUGACGGGUGCGGAUGGGGGAGGGGGAGGAGGAGGAGGAGGAGGUGGUGGGUUAGGCAGCGGCAGGUUUGGGAGUUUGGACAUGGGUAGUAG